AUGCAGAGAGUCCUGGAGACGCUGGGGAAGAUGGGCAGUGAAAUGGUGGAGCUGAAACAUCGGGUAUCCGAGCAAAACGACAUGAUCAGGAAGUUGAACGCCACUGUCUACAAGCAAAGCACCAUCAUUCAAGGACAGGAAGAUCUCAUCCGAGGCUUGGAGGUCCAAGUCCAGGAAUCCAAGGAAGAGUUUCAACGCAAGAGCGAUGAGCACGACGCGGAAUUAAAACGGGGACAUCGGGAUCUUCAGAGAGAGGUUGCCGCUGUGAAAGAGCAAUUGGCCCAGCUCACGCAGAACCUGAAUGCUUCGGGGGAGGUGACUCUGUCGAGCGGCACUCGAGCAACGUUUGCCGACAUUGCGCGUACACUGCCAGCGAGCCCGCCGACCAGUCUAUCCAGCGUAGCUGUCCCAAGAAAGCAGCAGACAGCCAGCGAUCCUCUCCACUGUACCAUCGACACAUCUCGCGUCAGCGAGUCGAAGAAGAACAACGCGCAAAUCGGAUCAAUUCGCCAGGCCAUCGAGACUGAGAUGAGAGCGAUGAACGGACAAGAGACCUGGAGAGACGAAGCCGAGCUUCAGAUGGUCAAAGAGGCUGCGCAGAAGACAGCCGUGGAAGGUUCGCGAGUUAUGCGAGACCAGCUGUAUCCGGUCCGAGUCGACAACGCCAACCGCACAGCAAUCCUUGACGCGGAAGGCAACGUUCUGCCUGGAGCGAUCGAGGCCUUGAGUGCCGAAAACAGAGUGACCAUUGGCAAGAUUUCCUGGUUGAGCAAACGAGAGUCUGGCAAAGCGUACGGAUCCAUGGUGGUGUAUGUCACCAAGAAACGCGACGCAGAAAGGCUUCUGGAAGGGUACUACUUUGACCUAGCGGGAGAGUCAGCCACCACCUAUGUAUUCGAGCCAAGAACAGGACCAAUCCAAUGCUUCAACUGCCAGGAGAUCGGUCACAAAGCAUAUUCAUGCAAGAAACAGCGGACAUGCGGCAAGUGCGCAAACGUUGGGCAUCACCACCGGGAAUGCACCGCGAUUGAACCAAAAUGUGUCCCGUUGAUGCUUGAGUCCCUCCGCAUCCUACAGCUGAAUGCACACAAGAGUGAUGUGGUGCAGCAGAGUCUGAUGAACGACGAAGACCUAAAGGAUUUUGCCGCACUGGCUAUAUCUGAGCCACAUGCGCGCAAUAUCGACGGAAAGGUGGUGACGAGUCCUACGGGACACCAUAACUGGACAAAGAUGAUACCGACGUGUGUUCGUGAUGGCCUAUGGCCGAUUCGCAGCAUGCUCUGGAUCCGAAGUGACCUUGAGGCGGAGCAAGUGCCUGUGCCGUCGGCCGAUCUCACAGCGCGGUACUCCGACUUGAGGAAGGGAGGUGAUGGUGGUGUCAGUGUAUGUGCAAAGAACGACGAGGCGCUGACGAACGCGAUAGAACUAUUGCGCGACGUGAUCGAUCGCUUCCGCAAUGGGACAGGGAGACGUACCGAUGUGGUUUUGGCGGGGGACUUCAACCGCCACGACCUCCUCUGGGGCGGAGAUGAAGUGUCAGCGAGCAGACAAGGGGAGGGCCAGCCCAUCAUUGACCUGAUGGACGACUUUGGUCUUAGCAGCCUUCUCCCGAGAGGAACGAAAACGUGGCAAAGGUCGGACGAGGAGAGCACCAUCGACUUGGUGCUGGCAUCGGCGGAACUGGCGGACGAGUUGACAUCCUGCGUGAUUCAUCCAACAGAGCACGGAUCAGACCAUAGAGCGAUCCAGACGACCUUCGACAUUCGAGUGCCGGAGCGUACCUUUCCGCAGCGCCUGAUGCUCAAGAACGCGCCGUGGAUCGCCAUCGCAACCAGGGUCGAGGACGAGCUUCGGCCUCUUCCGUGGACUGUGGGGGUGCAGACGCAGGCGGAUCAGCUCAUGCGGGUGGUCACCAAGGCGCUUCGAGAUCUGACUCCUCGAGCCCAGCCGCCGCCAUACGCGAAGCGAUGGUGGACAAAGGACCUGACGCGACUCCGUCGGACGUACACGUAUUGGCGCAAUCAAGCAAGGGCGCAGCGAAGAGCCGGUCAAUCGCGUCCGGAUCUGGAGCAGCGCGCCAAGGAGGCUGCGAAGGAGUACCACGACAAUUUGCGGAGACAAAAGAAGGCCCAUUGGGAUGACUUCGUCAUCGAAGGAGCAACAUCUGGAGGGCUGCCAAGUAUCUGA